CUUUGGCUGUUCAUAUGGACGCACCAGAGUAUUUACGUAGUUAUUUUUAGUAUUCUUCAAAUUUUGAUAGUGUACAUACCUUAUUAGAAUAAUCGUCGAUGUUUAAUUUCAACUCGAAUAGAACUAAUUCGGAUAACCGAUUACCGAAUCAUUUUUCUUUUGGAUUCUCGUCAUACAACACACCAUGGCGGUGCGCCGUAAACAUUGCUGUUAAACGUUUCUAUUGAUCUGAAUUCCAAUUAAUACACAAAAAUUAAAUACCGAAAAUGAAACGAGUUCAAAGACAAUUGGACAUCACUGCAUUUACACAAAUAAAAAAAGAUAAGACAAACAAUCCAAAUUCUGAAUUUCAACCAGUUGAACCUACUAAUAUUAAUUAUUCGAAUAAAGAUGUUUCUAUUGAACAAGCUUACUUAGAAGAACUUCCCUCAGUUAGCAAAAAUAGUACUGAUAUUCACAACCUUACUUCAAUGCAUAGCAAUUAUACUCCUUCUGUUUCUACCAUGUCCAAUAAUUUUACUAAAACACCCAUAGUUGGAGUAAAUGAUAUUGGUAAUUAUGUCCAUAAUUUAGAAAUUAACGAUUUAAAAAAAGAGGAACUCUUAAAAACUCCGUGGGUUCCUUCUUCAACAUAUAUUUUCCCUGUAAAAACCAAAAGAAAUUUACGAUUUCAAUUAUCUUGGAUAAAACGAUUUCCAUGGCUUAGUUAUUCACAAUUAUUUGAAGGAGCAUUUUGUAGACUAUGUGUUUCGUUUGCUCGAGAAAAAGGAGGUAAUGGUAGUCAUCAAAAAUUAGGUGCACUUGUUUCUAAAGAGUAUACUAAUUGGAAAAAUGCUUUGCAAGACUUUCAAUUACAUGCUACCACAUCUUAUCACAAAUUGCAAGAAAUUGCUUUUCGUGGAUCAAACGAUUAUGGAAAUGUAAUGAACAUAAAUGAUUUUAAUGACGGAAAUUUUAGAGCUCUUUUACGGUUUCGUGUAGAUUCAGGUGACACUACGCUAGGAGAACAUUUGAAAAAUGGUCCAAGAAAUUCUUUAUAUACUAGUCCUGGUAUUCAAAAUGACAUAAUUUCUAUUUGUGGUGAAAUAAUCAAGUCAAAAAUUGUCCAAAGAGUAAAUGCUGCCGAGUGCUUUUCUGUGUUAGCGGACGAAACUACAGAUAUUGGAAGAAUUGAACAAAUGUCUGUAUGUUUGCGUUAUUAUGACCAAAAAGAUAAAAAAAUCCGAGAAGAUUUUUUAGAAUUUACACCGGCUGUUGAUCUUAGUGGAAAAGGACUAGCAACUUUGAUAAUGGGGUGUUUACAGAAGAACAGUAUACAUUGUCAAUUUUUAGUUGGACAAGGUUACGAUGGAGCCUCUGCCAUGAGUGGAUAUUUACAUGGUGCUCAAGAAUACAUAAAAAAAGAUUUUCCCAUGGCACUUUAUGUACAUUGCAGUGCUCACUCGCUCAAUCUAGCGUUGGCCAACGCCUGUUCAUUGCCCUCAAUAAGAAACUGUAUUAGCACCAUUCAAACUGUUGGAACAUUUUUUCGCUCAUCGGCUCAAAGAAGUGAAUUAUUGAGAACAACUAUUAUCGAAACUCUUUCAGAGACAAGGCAUACCACAUUAGUUGCAUUAUGUGAAACUCGUUGGGUUUAUAAGCAUGAAAGUGUCAUGCGGUUCAAAGAACUAUAUCCCGCUAUUACUGUUGCAUUGGAAAAAUUGGAGUCAUCAAUAAAUAAAGAAACUGCUCAAAAGUCUUGUCAGUUAUUAAGUACAAUUAAAGACGCUAAAUUUGUUAUACCUCUCGUAAUAAUUGAAAAUAUUUUUUCGUAUACAUUGACAUUGUGUAAACAGCUACAGACAAUUAAUGCUGAUUUAGUCGAAGCAUGCAAUCAUGUUGAUGAUGUGUCAGCCGUAUUAGACGAAAUGAGAGAAAAUAACAAACAACAUUUUUCAGACCUGUUUUCUGUUGUUGCCAUCAUGUUGAAUAAAAAUAAAGAAGACAUUGUUUUGCCUCGUAUCGCUAAUAAACAAACACACCGUAGUAAUGUGCCCUCUCAUAGCUCUGAAGAGUAUUACAAUUUUAAUAUUUUUUUGCCAUUUCUCGACUAUAUCAGAUCACAGCUUUGUGAUAGAUUUCAGAAACACAAAUCUUUAAUAAGUUCAUUACAACAAAUCAUUCCAAGUAAAUGUAUAAUCGCUACCAAUGAAGAAAUAAACGACUGUGUAAACUUUUAUUCUCAGAUAUUGAUUGAGCCUAAUGCUUUCAAAGCUGAAUUUGCAAUAUGGAAGACAAAGUGGCUAAAAGAAGGAUCUCGCCCAAAAACAGCAAUUGCAGGACUUGACAAUUGUAACCCUCUUUUAUUUCCUAACAUAAGGAAACUUCUACAAGUCUUAGUUACUAUGCCUAUGUCAACAGCGACACCAGAAAGAACAUUUUCAUCUUUAAAAAGAUUGAAAACGUAUCUCAGAAAUUCGACUGGUGAAACACGCCUCAAUGGAUUGGCUUUAAUGUCAGUUCACCGGGACAUCAAUGUUGAUCCAGAAGAGGUACUUACUCAGUUUUCAAAAUCAUCAAGAAAAAUAAUGUUACUUUAAAAUUAAUAAU